UAGGUCCCGAGGCCGCAGCUUCCGCCGGCGCCGGUGGCUGGGUCGCCACUACCCUAGGUCGUGGGGUCGUUGCUGGCACCGAGGCCGCAGCAUUCAUGAUGAACUUAAUUCAGAUUGUGCGUGACCACUGGGUACAUGUACUUGUCCCUGUGGGAUUUGUCCUUGGAUGUUAUCUAGACAGAAAGAAUGAUGAAAAGCUAACUGCCUUCCGGAACAAGAGUGUGUUAUAUAAAAGGGAAUUGAGAACCAAUGAAGAUGUCACCUGGAAGUAAAGGCUGUGGCUAAAUUACAGCAUGUUCACAUUUUUAAAAUUAUGAGAGAAAUAAAAACACAUUCAUUAUUUAA